UUUUCCACAACUACUAUCACGAUUUGUUUAUCUUGACUUCAUAAUUAAUCAGAUUCAGUCGUGAGUUGUUUUGUGUGUGUAUGUAUGUUUACUUUUCGAGACUGUAUAGACCACAACGGCCCCAUCCAACAUUUCCACCCGUCCAGUGCAUUGAAGUCGAUUGCCUACUAAGGGGCGGAAGAGGAUCUGUUUUGUACAUGGAGUCACGCAAUGUCAUUGCUUUCGACGCCAGGCUGUCUCCCUCUUUGUUUGGGCAGAGAGCAUUUCGUAUUCAUGGUAGGGUCGACCAAUCGUGGUACCUGAGCACGUGCAUAGUAGUAGGCAGGUCCUGCACAAAUAACAACAGAACGGUAUUGUUUUUCUACCGAUUGCUGGUCAGGUUGGUGCGGGGGCAACACUGGUCAGCUGAUCGUAAUCAAUAAUCUUGAUGAUAAUGUAUCUUCAUUGUAUUUUGCUUGUCCCUUUUCAACCGUCAUUUUCGUCCGAUGCUUCUUCGGUUGAAGACCCCCCCCCCCACUCUCCCUCCAUUUCGUCUGACAGUAAUCGAUGGCCAUUUGUGUUGCCCACGUUGAGGGACAUUUUUCAUUCAUGUUACCUUCCUCACAGGAGGUUCUGUAUGUUGUCGCUAGAAUCUCUACCAUGAAAUCGAGUCACCUUGUACCUUGUAGUUAUAUUGCUCAAGGACACUGUUAGUACUAGGUGGAAAAUCAACGAGCGCAAAGUUUCUCCUACCUGUGUUGGUGCAUUUUUCAAGCGUGCAUUAAGCCUACCUUCGAAUUGCUGCUGUGGCUCUUCUAUUGAGCCAAACGAUCAAACGAAAAAAGAGCGAAAAUAGAGACAAAAAUGUAAACUAUCCGGUAGACGAAUGAUCGCGUGCUGCGAAUCUCGGCUCGAACGGUCACACCAGUACACACCUGGACCCGAUUCAACGGCUCCCACAUCGGCACGAAGUGCAUGACCGAAGCUCGCAAAAUAAAAAACGAUCCAGCUUUCGCGCCGAAAUAAACAAACCCGCACGAAGCUUUUUCAGUCGUUGGCCGUACGUCGGGAGGUUCGCACGUCCGUUCGCUGGUUCAAGAAAUUUAAGCGCGCCCUUUUCCCAACUGUAGUUUAUGCAAGUGCUACCCGCCUAUGUGUGUGUGUGUGUCCGCGCGUGUGAGUAGGUCAGUGUGCAUGGAAGAGUGUGCUAGACGAGAAACGGAAAAAACCCAGUGGCUGUUAUUGUUGCCAUUAAUACGUAAUUUGGCUUUAUUGCCAUUGGUUUGGAAGCGAAUGUGAUUUUAUUCCAGUUUAUCUCUGUGAUGUUGGUGUGCCGUAUUGCACUUGUAUUUGUUUGUCCCGUUGUGCGUGUAUGCGUUUAAGUGAGUGGAUUAUGAAAAUCAAAACCUCCGGCUGAUCACCUUCGCAUGUCAGAAGCAGCGGUGUUGUUUCUAGGGCUUGUUUGUACGUGUGUGUGUGUGUGAGUGCUAAAAAGUGAUCAAUUGUGGUGCGGUGCAAUAGAAAUUUCGUAAUGAUGCGUGGUGUCAGUGUACGAAAAACGGGCGAGCAGAAGCGAAAAUAAAACCACCAUCCUGAUUAGUUGUUUCGUGACCUAGCCAUACUCAGCGGCUUCCGUGACCACAAAACACACAACCGGACGUGGUGGUGCGUGCCACACUUGUAACAACCAUGAAAUGAUUAUAAACUCUACCCAGCGGAGCUCCGGACAACGACCAGAGCAGCGGGGACGCCCGCAACGUCGGCAGCGACGGCGUCGGCCCCGGCGACGACGGAGACGGCGGUGUUUGCGGUGAGGCUCCACCGGCCAGAGGUGCCAACCGGCGGCCCACAGCACAGCGACCAAAAUGGCUGUCGCCGUGUAUCGGAGCACAACCAAAAGCACAAAGAUCACGCUGGCCCUGCUACAGCUGCUGGUGAUGUGCUUGCUGAAGGAGGUGGUGGCAGCCAAAAAUUACACACUCAAACCACGGGUAGUACUGCCGGAAGACUAUGUAAAAGAGGUUCGGCCACCGUCACAAAAGGGCAGCCCGGUUGUGGUAGAGUUCAGUAUAUUCGUGGUAGAUAUAAAUUCCAUAAAUGUCGAGGAUAUGGAUUUUAGAGUAGAUAUGUUCGUGCACCAGAAGUGGGUCGAGUCGCGGCUGGAUCUGCACGACGACAUUUUCGAGGAGGGCGACGAUCACGUGAUACUUCCGCCGGAGUUUUUCGAUAAUCUAUGGCAACCGGAUCCGUACUUUCUCAACUCGAAGAUUUCAGGUCAAACAUUUAUUAAUGAAGGUAUGAAUAGGGUGUUGUGUGGCAAGAUCAGCUGCAUGACGUCCAUGCGCCAGAAAGAAAUUGCAACACUUACGCACAAGUUCUCGUCGGUGACGCUGUACAAAAACUCAACGGUACGGUACGCCUGCAUGAUGCACGCCAUCAUCGCUUGCCAGAUGGAAUUCCAGCUGUACCCGAUGGACAUCCAGAUCUGUCCGAUCUACAUCGAGAGCUUCUCGUACCACAACCAAAAGAUACGGCUCAAGUGGGCCGACAACGGUGUAACGAUCAAUCCGGAGCUGAAGCUACUCCAGUACAACCUCGGCCAACCGCUGCAGCUCGAGGAGACGGACGGGUACAUGCCGGAAAAGUAUGGGAACUUUUCACGCCUGGCCGUAUACUUUCGGUUCGAGCGGCAGAUUGGACACCACCUAAUACAGACGUUUGCACCGUCCUCGCUGGUAGUGAUGCUGUCUUGGUUUAGCUUCUGGCUCGGGCUGGAUGCGAUACCGGGACGGGUCACACUGCUCGUCACCUGCAUGCUGACGCUCGUGACAAUGUUUACCGGGAUGCGGGCAGACAUACCUCCAGUGGCAUACGUGAAGGCACUGGAUCUGUGGAUGGCUGGCUGCAUGCUGUUCGUGUUCUCCGCGCUCGGUGAGUUCGUCGUAGUUAAGGUGCUGGACGUGCAGUACCAGUAUCAGGUGAACAAGGUGCCGAAAGUGCUGCCGAUGCGUAUCAGCGCAAUGGAGAAGGGCCAGUGCGUGGGUACGGUGGCGAACUGGGAAGGCGGUACGGUGAAUGUGCGUCCCCGCAAACCCACCCAAACGCCGACGACCCCCGGGCAGGUGUCACUGCAAGGGAAUGGGGGGCCACAGCCACCGCUACCGCCGACCAAGCAACCGACCCGCCGGCAAAGCAUCCUAUCCGUCGCUUGGACCGACACCGACACCGGCAUCGAGAAGAUUAUGUGGCGCGAGAUCGACAAGAUGUCGCGCGUCGUCUUUCCCGGUCUGUUUCUCGUCUUCGUCGUGCUUUAUUGGCCGAUCUUGAUUUUUAAGACCUCGUAAUGAGGGGAAUCAAACGCUUUGCCUUACGGGACACACACACACACCUCACGCGCGAUGAUGCUGCUUCUUCCUACCGGCAGGCGGUCGCUCAGCGUGCAGAACCACAUGGUACCGUGCCGUACGGGACCGGCUCACCGGGGUGGUUAUGCACCAUGCGGAGCGGAAACAUUCUAAAUCCCAUUGCACAAAACAUUAAAAACACCGGUUUCUACCAUCUUACCACACCAAAUGUAGCGUAAAGAUGCAUGUUUACAAGGAAUAUUGUAAAGGGUAGGGUAGAAAGAUAGGCUACAAAGACAAGAUAAAGCUUUAUUACGUAUAAAGAAGGGGAAACAGUGAGUAAACUGCUGUAAUUUGCUGUACCCGGUAUGGUUUAUUUUAAAAUCUUUCCUUUUCGCAAGCUACAACCCUUUGAGAAGGUUUUAGUACAACAAAUGAGGGGGGGUCAUAAAUAACUACUUUAACUACUAGAAUGUCUGGUGCGCUAUCAAUAGGCUCGCAGGCGUUCACGCAGCAGCUAGCAAGGACAAUAUUGUACGUGCAUUACUGAAGAGCAGAGAAUAAAAUAACACACAUACACUCACACAAUAUUUCAUACAAGAUACAACAAAAACAACAACAAAAAUAUUGUAAAUUUUAACCGAAACGUUGUUUAAACCCAAAAAAACACACAUACACACACUAAAGAUGCACCGCGCGUGGCUAAGCUGCAACACAGUUAGGCAACAGCCCGUUAGUAGUGGUGGUUGUAUAGCGUUCAUAUACAAAGGCAAGUAGUAGGAAUUUAAACAGCAGCUGUGAAAGCAAUAAGUACCUUAUACAUAUUUAAGUACGAGUAAUGUUACCAAAAUGAAAAUGCGAGAAAAUGAUAAUUAAAAGCAAGAAGUAACGAGAAAAAGUAACUUAAUAUAACAACAGAGCAAAGAGCAAAGUAGACACAACACAGAAAAGAGAAAGGAAGAUAAACAAGAAAGAGAAAAAAAGCAAAGCACAACACAACAUAGAAGCAAAAGGGAAGGUUUUACAUUACAAAAAACGAAAAACAACCAACUAAGCAUAAAACGCUGUGCCUUUCAUAAAAAGGAAAACUUUAUUCCAUUAUUUUUUGUCCUAGAUGGUAGUGAAUUAAACAAUGGUGCAAGGAAGCAAACGUUACAGAUAAGAGAAAUCAAACGAAAUCAUGCCUUUUCGAGCGGAUUGGCGAGCAUCGGGCCCGUGUCCUAUGUGCUUACACCGACACCUCUACUGCUGCAAGCGCUCCUGCUGCUGCGAUCGCACGCACACUGUACACAAGCACGGACACAAAUACACACACACAUACAUACAUACAUACAAAAUUGAAUCGCAAAUCAUUGUGAUAACUAUUAGCUAGCAAAGAAAUUUGAAACGAAUACAAUAAAAAUAGGCAGACGAGAAGGAAAGGGACUCGACAGCAUUCGCUUGCACUGCAGUAGAAAUGGGAGAUCGAAGUGGAAUAAGCAAGCAGGUGCGAUAUAACACUAAUUGGCGGAUAAAUUAUUUGUUAUCCAAUCAAAACAAAAUAACUAGCAAGAAACCAAUAAACACAGAAGAGAAAAGGAAAAUCAAACCUAAUAAUAUACAUUAUGAAACCGCGAACUGCAAGAAGAAGAAAGCGAUAAAUGGCAAUACAGAAACAAUAGCACAGUUAAUGAAACAUAAACACAAUACAAUGAAAAUAGGCAUUAAUGAAGCAACUGCUUGCAAAUGAUGCAAAUAUGAAAAGAAGCAACUUCGGUAAUCGAAAAGAAACUAACAACCAUAACAAGAUCCCCCUGUAAUGUAAAUAGUAAUGAUCUUUGAUUAACUAUAGGAAACUGAGCUUCAAACAAAUAUGCUUACAGCAACGAACAGAACGGAACAGGAAAACAAAACAAACAAACAAAUACAAAGCGUACUACCAAAAUUAGAAUAAUAAGAGCGUGGGUAACAGAGCAGUGAACGAUGCAAGCGAGUGAUUGUACCGUACACGUUUAUGAUUUCUUUUUGAUUUGUUUUUCUGUUAUUGUUGUUGUGAGCUCAUCACGCCGUUUUGUUUCAAUAAAAACACGUUGUGUGAAAACGUGUAGAGGAAACGAGAAGGAACAACGACAGCUACAAAUCAUGGCACAGUUAAAACUAUGAACACGCUUGAAGGCUUCUGAACGAUUUGAAUGUGAACGAUUGUUGACGAACACACAGUUGUUAUGUUUUAUGUUGUGUUUUGUUGUUUCCCUAUUGAGAUUUUUUAAAACGUUCUAAAUAGUGAUCAUUACAUUAUAGUAAAGAAGAGGGGGAUGACGAUUUCGUUGUAUGAGAAAUGAUAAGAAUUAGUUUUAAUAAGCAGUAAGAUUCCAAACCAAAAUAUACUAAUGAAAAAAAGGAAUCGUUGGUUUGUAAUAAUGUUUUAAGGUGGAAAGAAAAAAAUGGUAAAUUAAAUAACAUUUGUUUUAUGCUUAAUAAAAACAUCAUUCUUUUUCUAUUUUCCAGUUUUUAGAGUGUCGCUAUGGAAACAAAAACAUGAAAUCGCUAUAGCAACCGUUGUACUAUAUAAGCAGCUCCACUGACACAUCUCCUGUUCAUUCUCUAGUUGACUAUUAAUAUACUUACAUCCAGUGUUAGAACAUAUAUAGUUUUUUUUCAUUCCGGAAGUAUAUAUAGCACCUGAUCCAAGGGAGCGAUAGUAGUAGUUCUCGCGAUAACAGAAGCAAGCGGAGUCUCUAGCUUCUAGCAAACUCUUAAGGCCUUGGCUACUAACAUCAGUGAAUUUUCGUUCGAUCACGAAAAUUGAAUCAUUAUUGAGAAAUGGUACAAUCGUACCAGGGAUCUAUUCGAAUGGAACGCCAAGCUGCGAUUGUUGCUGAAAAAGUUAGACAAAUCCGCAAACGAUAGGUAGGUCAACUACAUCUUUCCAAAAUUUGGUGGUACCGUCAAAACCGCUCUCGAAAAUAUUCGGCACUCAGUUUUACACUUUCAAUAAGCGUUGGCCAGUGCUUCCAGCUGAUCAAGGUGAAGGUGAAACGAUGUUAAAAAUAAGAAUAUCGAUCAAUUCAUGUGAGGGGUCUCAAGCUUCAUACCUGCAUGGACACACAGGAGCCAUUUUUCUCCUUUCCCAUAUCGAAGGUGAAACAGUAGAGGCUUCCGUGACUCUCCAAUCAGGUUUUGGAUCUAACAUUCCACAUUAUCUAACAAUACACGAAUCUUUUGUGGACUCUAAAAUGGCAAAUUUAUGAACGCGUACACAUUAACACUUGUUUUUACCGCAUGGAAAUUACUAAAAAUCUUUCAACGUAUAUUCUCCCGUGCGAAGGGAUCCCAAAAUUAAGUUUAAACACUAAAAUACACAGUUUUAUUUGAACCAGCCAAAAUAUUACAAGCAAAGAUUCCCCAGCCUACAGCGGAUAGCAAAAAUUGCACCAAAAAAUUCACUGAACUCUGCUCGAUUUUCCGUUGCCAUGGGAGGAUUAUCACCGGUUCGUCAAUCUUAAGAGUGAUGUAUCAAUGAUUGCCAUGCUAAAAAUAGAGCCAUGCUAAAAAGAUCGGUCCAGUAGACCAGGGGUCUCCAAACUACGGCCCGCGGGCCGCAUGCGGCCCUCAAGAGCCUUUAAUGCGGUCCGCGAUGACUGGGUAAAGGUUAAAUUAAAUAGCUUUCUUUUCUGACUAACCAAUCAAAAUUAUUUUUUUUAAUUCUGGAAGACGAAAAUCAAAAUUCAAUAAAAGAAAGCUCUAGAAAUUUUAUGUAUUUUGCUAGUAUUUUCUUAUUAAAACGAGAUUUGAACUUCCACCCAUUCUAAAGGUAGCGUCAAAAUGGCCCUCAACGAAGUUGAUUGUGAAGCAAUGCGGCCCGCGAACUGAAAAGUUUGGAGACCCCUGCAUUAGACUACAACGCAAUCCUAGUAAGCAAUGCGGACCGUUGCAUUUUUUCGGGAUGACCAAUUCUUGGAUCACCAGGGCAAACAGUACAACCUGACAAGGAAGGCUAUUGCACCUGUUUUUCCAAAACGGCAAUCAGUUCCAGUAGGGGAGGAAAAGAAAUCGUCGAAUCGGUCAUAAAAAAGUGGCAGGUUUAUUGGUGGGUGAACUGCGCGGGCGCUAGAGGUUUCGUCGAUAUGGAGGCCCUGUCCAUGUUGGCCCCUGGCAGGUCUUAUAUGAUUCCUCCCAAAAUUGGUGCCGUAAUUCCCAUCACAUAAUGUUUACUUCGCGUAAGAAAGAGCCUAAAUUGCCCCAAAAUUCUGAAAACCUCCGAAAAUCCUUUAAAACCCCAUGGUUUUUCAUUCCGAAAGUAAUCCGAACAUAUAAUUUUUGUAGUCAUUCAGCCGUACCGGCGAACUCGUUCGUUCCUGGGAACGUUCGCCGCGACGCUCAUUUCCACUCAUUUCAUAGCCCUCUAGAUCAAAACUUAGAAAAACGUAUAGAUUUUGUACUGGUCAACCUAGUGGUACAACCCUGUCCACUCAUGAGCGACGAAUGUUUCUCGUCGAACGAGUUCACCAGUAUGGCUGAUUGUAUACUAUGAAGUUCAUGUGAACCCGGAUUGCUAUGUUAAGUGUCUGUAUAUUUCCCAGCUCUUUUUGAGUCCUUUUGUAAAGGAAGCAUUCACCAUUGUUCAAAUUACAGUGAAUCCUCUCUUAUUUGAGACCCCUCUAAUUUGCAAAACCCCUCUUAUUUGAACAUUUUUCACAGUCCCUUCAU